UAUUUUUAUUACCGACCGACGUUUGCGAAGGCGCCAUUUUCUCAGGAAAAUCAAUUGUGAGUUUAAAGGUGUUUCUUCGUCGUUUUUUACCUUUACAUCACAGACUUCAAGAUGAUGACCACAUACCAACAGGAGCAUUUAGUUUUACAUACUAAUAUGGCAGUCCCAGAAGAAGAACUUGAACCACCGGCCCCGGGAACCGAAGAACCCCCUCUGAAGGCCCAGAAACUAGAAAGUAAGUAUUAACUUUGUUUGCUUAAUGUUAAGGUGUUUAGCCUCAAGUAUUCGACACCCAUACUAAUGUGCGAUGUCUGCUUGAGAUGUUCCAGAAUGAGAUCAUCCGGCUCGUAGUCACUGAGGAAGUUGUUGAAAAGCUGUAACUGUAGCCUGCAUGGUUACACGGUAGGACCACAAAAGUAAUUAAAGGAGAUUGAGUAUGAGUUUAAGUAACAUUUAUUAACCAGCUAUUCUACAGUAUAACCCAUACUCAUUCUGCAUAAAAAUAAAUAAUUAUCUCUCACUACACUAAGGAAAACUCGGAUGAGUUGUUUAGACCUAUCUAUUUUCUUUUUGUGCUUCCAGAUACAAUUAGGUGCAACUUGAGUACGUUGUUUUCGGUUACUAGAGGCUUGACUUGACCAUCAUUUGGAAAACUACAUGCCAGAUCUGCAAAAAUGUGAUGGCAUCAAUUAUAUUUAUGACUUAAAACAGACAGGGGAAGUUAUUACAGGUCCUGGUGCUAGAAGCAACACAAUAGCUGGAAUACUGGGAGGAGCCUUGCCAAAAUUGUCAUCAGAUCAAAGUGAUUCUGUGAAUAAAGCCAAGAAAUAUGCAAUGGAACAGAGUAUUAGGAUGGUUCUGAUGAAGCAAACUAUAGCCUAUCAGCAACAGAAAAAUAAGACCUUCCAGAGGCAUCAAGUAUUAGUUUUAAUGUGCAGGGUAUACGUUGGAAGUAUAAGUUUCGAACUGAAGGAAGACACCAUCCGCCAGUCGUUUUUGCCGUUCGGGCCUAUCAAAUCGAUUAAUAUGUCGUGGGACCCGGUGACGCAAAAACACAAAGGGUUCGCGUUCGUCGAGUACGAGAUACCGGAGGCGGCGCAGUUGGCGCUGGAACAGAUGAACGGAGUGAUGAUCGGAGGCAGGAACAUCAAGGUGGUCGGCAGGCCGAGCAAUAUGCCGCAGGCACAGACGGUCAUCGACGAAAUACAGGAGGAGGCUAAACAGUACAAUAGGAUAUAUGUUGCGUCGAUACAUCCAGAUCUCACUGAGGAAGACAUUAAAAGUGUUUUUGAAGCGUUUGGUCCAAUAAUAUAUUGUAAAUUGGCUCAGGGAUCAUCAGGUCACAAACACAAAGGCUACGGCUUUAUCGAAUAUGAAACAGCUCAAGCUGCGAACGAGGCUAUAGCCAGCAUGAACUUAUUCGAUUUAGGAGGACAAUACUUACGCGUAGGGAGAGCAAUAACGCCGCCAAAUGCCCUUUUGGGUCCCUCAUCAGGGUCCAGCGUAAUGCCAACAGCUGCUGCAGUAGCUGCAGCUGCGGCUACAGCGAAAAUACAAGCAAUGGACGCGGUGGCUAGUAACGCUGCUGCUUUGGGUUUAUCGAAAUUAAGUCAACCCAGUACAGUGCCUGUAGCGCCACCUACAGUCGCUAUGCCAACCGUGGCUUCAGUGCCUCAAUCUCUCACCAGUGCUCCUGUUCCCACAACUGGCACAGCGAUUGUGCCGCCCCCUGGUAUAGCAAUACCUCAACUGACGCCUAACAAUACGAUUCAACCAUCUAUAGUGACGCCAGUUUUAAGCACAAUACCUCCACCCCCAGUUGUGGCACCUACGCCUCCGGUAGUUAACGCAACGCAGGAGGCUAUGAAGAGGGCGCAAGAAGCGCAGAUGAAACAACAGGAAGAGCUGCAGAAAAAGUUAUUGGAUCAAAACGAGCCCCAAACGUUACAGCAGCAAGAGAAUAUGUCAAUUAAAGGGCAGAAUGCCAGGCAUUUUGUUAUGCAGAAACUUAUGAGAAAGGUUGACUCAAAGGUUGUGAUUUUAAGAAACAUGGUUGGACCUGAAGAUGUUGAUGAAACUUUACAAGAGGAAAUUCAGGAGGAAUGUAGUAAAUAUGGUGCUGUUGAGAGGGUUAUCAUAUACAAUGAAAAACAGUCUGAGGAAGAUGAUGAUUCUGAUGUUAUUGUAAAGAUAUUUGUUGAAUUUAUCACUACACCAGGAGCUGAGCAAGCAAGAGAUGCACUAAAUGGAAGAUAUUUUGGAGGAAGGAUGGUGCGAGCAGCUUUAUAUGACCAAACAUUAUUUGAGCAUAGUGACUUUUCUGGUUAAAUUUUUUAUUUAAUAAGCCAAAAUGUUUUCUACUGUGUAGGAUUGACAAAUUGUUUAAUUUUAAUUUUGCAAUUAAUUAUAUUGACACUGUACAUUUUUCUGAUUUUAUUUUUUAUUUUAAUACUUCAUUUUAAGGUUUUUAUUAAUGAAUAAAC